CUCUCUGUACCCUCCCUCCCUCUCCCUCUUGCCUCACUCUCUCUUUUCUCUCUUUAAUUUCUCUCCCUCCGUCCUGUCGCUGGCUCACUGGCUCAGUCACUCGUGGACUAACGUUACGGGCAGGCUAGCGGCUGACAGAGGAGAGCAGCGAGGGGACACUGGAUGGAGAGCUCUCUCACUCACUCAGCCUCAGCUCAGUGACGGGGCACCGGGGGCUCCGCCGGCCCCUCCACCCUCCACACAGCCCUCCUGGGCGUCAUGGACACAUUUUUCCGCCGGCAUUUUCGCCUGAAAGGGGCAGAGCGAUGCCUGCACCACCGGGCGGGAGUGGCAGUCCCCAGCAGCAAGGCUCGUCGGCGCUCCAGCGUCGGCCUGCCCUCUACUGGCCUGGUGGAGAGACGCAGGUCCAGCGUGGGACUCGCACCACACGCUCUGCCCCAGAGAAAGACCUCCAACGUGGGCCUACCGCCCUCUAGCCUUGCCCAGAGGAGGAGGUCCAGCGCCGGCCCCGCCUCCUCAGCCCUGGCCUAUCGGCGGAGGCCCAGCGUGAGGAUGCAGGACAGCGGGGGGGAGGAUGUCAAGGGGGAGAGGCUUAUGCUGAAGACCAGGCACCAGGCUCGCCGGCGCUCCAGCACCACCAUCUCCUGCGUCCACCCCCGCUUCUCUGUGCGGAGACGGCGGGCCGCAAGGCAGAGGACCAUCGACCCCCACCUGCUGGGCCCCUCCAUGCUGCUGGCCAGCCUGGUGCAGAUGAGCCCCGAGGGGGAGUCGGAGGAGGGAGGGACGGAGACCUCCUACUCUUCCUGCUCUGAGUCUGAGGAGGACGGCGUUUGCGGCGGUGGGGGCGUGGCUACGGACAGGGAGGGUGGGGGCGUGGCUACGGACAGGGAGGGUGGGGGCGUGGCUAAGGACAGGGAGGGUGGGGGCGUGGCUAAGGACAGGGAGGGUGGGGGCGUGGCUAAGGACAGGGCGGCCGGCAGUGGGAGUGAGAAGAAACAGCCUGAGGGGCAGGGAUCUUUGUGGUCAGAGUGGGAGGAGCCUAGUGGCCCGGCAGAUGUUCAUAUGUCCAGCAUCCAGCCCCGCCCCCUGAUCCGUGCCCCGCGCUGCCUGCGACGUAACUCCUCCCACCUGCUGCCGGCGGAGGCCGUGUAUCGGAGCCGCGCGGCGUGCGGCGUGUAUGGGCGCUACCGCAGGGCCAGCCAGGUGUACAGGCUCUCCCCCGGCCCCAAGACCGGCCCCUGGCCCAGCCCCGGCCUCCAGGGCAGGAGACGACCCUCCCUCACCUCCCCUUCCUUGUCCUCCCCCAACCUGUACCACUGCCCCCCCUGCUGGAGGGAGGCGGGACGCCGGGACUCCCUGCUGCAGGGAAUCCACUAUGACCCCAGGCUAGACACCUGGACCACCUUCAUCUCGAAGGCCAUCGCCAAGUCUGGCCUGCAGCACCUGUCAGCCACGCCCAGCGCCUCCACACUGGCCCGGCUUGACCCCGACCGGGAGAUCAGCAGCUGUGUGGACUGGACCGAAAGUGCCCUGUAUGGGGAGCACAUCUGGUUUGAAACCAGCGGCUCCGGAGACUUCUGCUACGUAGGAGAACAGCACUGCGUCGCCAAAACACUGCAAAAGUCUGUCGCAAGGAAGAAAUGUGUGGCCUGUAAGAUAGUGGUGCACACCCUCUGUAUCCAGCAGCUGGAGAAGCUGUCCAACCAGGAGACACCAAACCCCUCCAAUGAUGACAGCAACCCAGUUAAAGACACCGACUUUAGAAUCAACUUCAGGUGCAAGCCCUCCUUUCGGGAGUCAGGCUCCAGGAACCUGAGGGAGGUGAGUAAGCCCAGCAUCGUGAGGCACCACUGGGUCCACCGGCGGCGUCAGGACGGCAAGUGUCGUCAGUGUGGCAAGGGCUUCCAGCAGAAGUUUGCCUUUCACAGUAAAGAAAUUGUGGCCAUCAGCUGUUCCUGGUGCAAACAGGCAUAUCACAACAAGGUGUCAUGCUUCAUGCUGCAACAGAUUGAGGAGGCAUGUUCUCUGGGCGCCCAUGCUGCCGUCAUAGUCCCGCCCACCUGGAUCAUCCACGUUCGCAGGCCACAGACAUCCCUGAAGUCCAGUAAAAAGAAAAAACGAACGUCGUUCAAGCGCAAGUCUAGCAAGAAGGGUGCAGAGGAGGCUAGAUGGAAGCCAUUCAUUGUCAGGCCCAUUCCCUCCCAGCUCAUGAAGCCUCUGCUGGUGUUUGUCAACCCCAAGAGUGGAGGGAAUCAGGGGGCUAAGAUUAUCCAGUCCUUCAUGUGGUACUUGAAUCCUCGUCAGGUGUUUGAUCUCAGCCAGGGCGGACCUAAGGAUGGGUUAGAGCUGUACCGUAAGGUCCACAACCUGAGGAUCCUGGCGUGUGGGGGAGAUGGCACGGUGGGCUGGAUCCUGUCUACUCUGGACCAGCUGCAGCUGAACCCCCAGCCUGCUGUGGCCGUGCUGCCUCUGGGCACUGGGAACGACCUGGCCCGGACCCUCAACUGGGGAGGGGGCUACACAGACGAGCCUGUGUCCAAGAUCCUGUCCCACGUGGAAGACGGGAACAUGGUGCAGCUGGAUCGCUGGAACCUGCAGGUGCAGCCCAAUCUGGAGGCUGCUGCUGAGGAGAGAGAUGAGCAGCAGACAGACAAGGUAGCACUGCUCUCCUCCUCCUCCUCCUCCUCCAUUGUCUCCUCCUCCGUCGUCUCCUCUCCGCAUCCAUCACACAGCAUGAGGACAGAGGUGCAGAUGGAGAAGUAG